UUGUGGGUCGGCUACGGUGAGGUGUGGCUGGGUGAGAGGGUAACCCACCGCCAUGCCUUCCGACAGAGGAAAGAACCUGGGUGCCCGCAGGCUGAAGCUGCGGGAAGCGAGGGCGGCCAGCCAAAGACAGGCCGCUUCUGAAGGCGACAGUCGCGUGGAGAGCCUGUCUGCCGUAGAACAGGCCAGAAUGAUUGACCACGUGGUCGAGGCCGCCAUGGGGCACAUGCGCCACCGGGAGAGGCGGUCGGCUGCUCGACGCCAGCGUGCGGCCCGGCGCCACUCCAUGUUCAGGAUGUGGGCUUUCCGGUUCUUUCUCGUGUUUCUCAUGUUCGUGUGGGGGCUAUUGCUACUCAGCUGCUUCCAAUUCAGAGUUUCGGAAUCUGUAUCUUCAAGUGGAGUUGUUCCAUGGAAUAUUGAAGUUGAUGUCCAUCCCCUGGAAGAAAAAUCUAUUUGGAAAACUGCGGCUGAUUUUUUCUUUCCAACAAGCUGCAAUGUAAAGGAGAACAAAGAACUAAAGGCUUGCAGCAAGGGGCUGAACCUUAAUGAGACUGAGUGUUUGAGAUCCAACUGCUGUUUUUCAUCAACUAGUACCAUGCUGUGCUUUUCCCCAUUAUUAGAUAAGCCUUCACAGAUGAUCCGAAUAUUUGGGCUCAGUGUGUUCAGCUUGAUCGUCCUGGGAUGGCUGCCCCUUGGUUGCUGCUUUUUUUGGCAGAAGAGCCAAUUUGCCCAUCCUUUCCGUAUAAGAAAUUCGAAGCAUUUGAGGAAAGAAAGAAAAGCGAAGAAUGAGGGUACUGAAAUGCUUGGAACAACAACGGAAGAAGAUGGCACUGAUGAAGAGAAGGAAACCAGAGAAUUGCUUCUCCACUGAGUUGAAUGCAAACCUUCCAGAGCAGAGAAGAAUGUCCCAGUUAGGCAAGCCUAACAGUUCAUUUUAGAAAGACAAAAAUUUGUUCUUUUUUUGUCAUGUUUACUCUCAAAUAUAAAAUAAAGUUUACAGUUUUGUUUUUAUGCAUC